AUGCAUGAACUAAGUCACCCAGGCACCGCAGCAACGACUAAGCUAAUCACAGAAAGAUUUGUGUGGCCUCGUAUAAAACGUGACUGCAAAAUUUGGACCAAACAGUGCACAGAUUGCCAACUAUCUAAAGUAACCCGUCACACUUCCGCUCCAUUGUCCAAUUUCCCCAUUCCUUCAAAACGUUUUUCCCAAGUCCACAUUGACUUAAUUGGCCCUUUGCCAUAUUGUAAUGGUUUCAGGUACUGCUUAACUGCUAUCGACCGUUUCACUCGCUGGCCAGAGGUCUACCCAUUACCAGACAUAACUGCUGAGUCUUGCGCCAAAGCUUUCGUCUCCGGCUGGGUGUCACGUUUUGGCUGCCCGGAAACAAUAAUUACGGACAGAGGUCAGCAAUUUCAGUCACAUCUUUUUCAAAGCCUGACAAAACUCACUGGCUCAGAACACCGCCCCACCACGUCAUACCAUCCACAGUGCAAUGGAAUGGUGGAGAGGCUUCAUCGCCAACUAAAAGCAGCAAUCACAUGUCACAACACACCUCAAUGGACUGAAGCACUUCCAUUAGUGCUCUUGGGAAUGCGUGCAGCGUGGAAAGAAGACCUAACCGCGUCGGCAACAGAAAUUGUAUAUGGUGAACCUAUUAGACUACCAGGAGAAUUCUUCAUGCCAUCAACGAAGCUUACCUCAGAUCCGUCAGACUACGUUGAACGCCUGCGUAGACAUACUGUCGAUUUGGCUCCAGUACCAGCGUCAAACCAUAAUAAAAAUAAAUCAUUUUAUUUACCUAAAGACAUCUGGACAACCAAAUUCAUAUUUCUGCGCCGUGGCCCAGAGAAACGACCACUACAAUCGCCAUAUACAGGACCAUACAAAGUCGUGGAUCGAGGCACUAAAACAUUUAAAAUACUAAUACAAGGUAAAGAAACCACUGUUACAGUAGACAGAAUUAAACCAGCAUACCUGGCGACAGACGACAUCCUCGACGAUAAGAAGGAUCAGGCUCCAAUGAUGACUACCUUACCUGAACGCCCGCGCCCCUUACAGCUAUCAACAGAAAAGAAGACGCGAAGUGGGAGAACUGUCCGAUUCCCGGACUACUAUCGACCGUAA